CAUGAAUGCAAUAGCAGAAUGGUCACUAUGCCGAAAACCAUUCCAAGUGGGCUGUUUACAGAGCAAGUCUUUUCAUGUGGUUUUAUGUGCCUCCACUGCCCCGUGGGUGGGUCUCACUUGAGUCUUUUUUGGACCGUGAUGUUGAACUGAGGGACUAUGAGGCACAGCAAAAGAGAGCUCUGUUCUGCGCAGAGGAAAUGGGCGUACUCCUUGGAAAGUUUGGAUGUUGGAUGGAGUUACUGAAAAAAUAAGGGGGGAGUGGUAAGUCUGGAAAGGAGAGGACCACCAAUAGGGGCAUAAUUCUGAGCUGCUCCAGAGGUCUGAUUCAGAGGUACAGGCAAUAGACGGGGGAUUUGAAAAUGGCAUACCUACUUAUGUUUGUGACCCUGCUGCAUCUCAUCACACUGGCAAUGCUGUUCAUUGCAACCAUGGAGAAGUCCUGGUGGGUGUGGGAUGGCAUGGAGAACUCAGACCUAUGGUACAACUGCAGGUUUGACAACUUCACAGAAACCUGGUUGUGUGCAUCCUCCAAAGAAACUGAUUGGCUUCAGGCAGUGCAGGUCCUGAUGGUUCUCUCAGUGGUCUUCUCCUCGGUCUCCUUCUUGGUGUUCCUGGGUCAACUCUUCACCAUGUCUAAGGGGGGACUCUUCUACUUCACUGGGCUGUGUCAAGUCUUUGCAGGGUUGACUGCCUUUUCUGCAGCAGUCAUCUACUCAUUACACAAUAAGGAAAUCCUUCAGGACUCCAGAGAACUGACAUCAGGACACUUUGGCUACUGCUUCAUCCUGGCCUGGGUGUGUGUUCCCUUGUUGCUGUGUAGCGGGGUCAUAUACAUCCACUUGCGUAAGAAAGACUGACCAGAGAAGGAAAAACCAUGUCAACAACAAAGUUUGUUUGUUUUUUGGAGAGAAAAAAUAUAAAAUUGACUUCACUUGUUGUUAUCAGAAAUGCUAAUUUUGUAGGAGUCACAAAUUCACAAAUGCCUAUGUUAUAAUUUUUGCUGAGGCUUUGGUUUAUGUGAUAAUGUUUUUGAAUUGUAUUUAGGACUAUAUGUAUAUUGGUUUUCCCUGUAGCAAACAUUGAAUCCUCAAUAUCAAAAGGCUAUAAUGCUCAUCUUCUUUUUAACAUGUUUACAAAGAUAUUUUUGUUGUUUUCAACAGGCAUUUAAAUUGCUUUUAAUUUUCCCUAGAGUAAACUGGAAAUAUAUUUUUGUACCUAAAGCUGAUAUGUAGAAUAUAUUUAGUAGCUGCUUUGAAUAAAUAUCACACAAAAUAUAAAAAAUGUGUGUAAGUACAUUGUUGUUACAUCACCCUAAUUUGUUUUAAUGUUA